GGCAUGGACGUUAUUUUUGAGGAUUGACCACGUGAAUCCUGCACUUUGGGAGCAAAUCGAGGAUCAUCCAUCUGAGUCCUGCACUAUAUUGAGCAAAUUACAUGGUUACUGGUUUCUUCUGUACAGCCAGAGGGAUAUGUGAGGUGUGUUCUUCAUCUUUCAGUUCCUGUUGUCUUCUGUACAGCCAGAGAGUGCAGUGAAGUGUGUCCUCCAUCUUUACUUAAAUUGGCUGGGCUGACUUAUUAUUUUGGUGUUCAUUGCCUUACACACAGUCAGAAAAGAUCAAUGUCUGCUUUAGGGGAAGAAAUCAGGGGCAUCAUCCUGAGAGCAUUGCCCAACCUCUCUGAAGAGACUCAACUGCAACUAUAUUCUAAGCUUCAAUGCUGUGGCUUAAAAUCAAAGGAAGACUUGAAAUAUGUUAAACAGGAAGACAUUGCUGACCUCUUGCCUGUUAUUCAGCUCCGGAAGCUUAUGGAUGCAUUUAAAUCAGAGACAGAGAUAAUAGCUUUAGAUCUCACAGUGAUCCAGAGCUCCACACCAAUCUCCAGUCCAUCAGUACUAGAAACCACUUCACCACGAUCCAGUCAGUCACCACCAGAAACCACUUCACCACUAUCCAGCCCAUCAUCCCUGUCAUCCAUGUCAAUGUCUAACCUGUCAGACAUGAGCAGCCCAACAAGCACAAGGUCUCCAUCCCAGAUAUCCAAAACGUGGCCAGAAACAUUCCAAGUGCCAUGGGAUCAGAUGCCAAAGGAAAUCCGUUCAGCCAUUGCCAAUGGGAAAAGACCAACCCCUGCAGAGCGGCGGCAGAUGGUGAGAGUGCUGGUAGAUGCAAUGAGAAAAUAUGAAGCUAACCCAACGCGAUCCCAGUGUCUCACAGUUUGUCAAAAUAUUGUGAGGCAGUAUCCCCAGAGUUUUGCCGAUGUUUUUGCAAAUGGCUCACUUAUGGCAGGUGGUUAUACUUCGCUCCUUAUUCAAGUGAAAACUUGUAUUGAGAACUUAAACCAUGACAGCAGCUUUGCACGCCACCGAGCCCCAAGGUGCUCUGGAUCCAGCUCUGGGCGCAAGAGGGGGCCCACUGACACAUACAGAUGCACUAGAUUUCAGCCAGAUCUCCUACCAGGUGAGACUGAUGAUAGCGUGGAACAAAAACGCCAAAGAUUGGAGGAGAUCUAUAGACAGGAAGGUGCAGGUGGAGUUGAAAGAGUGGAGGUCUGUAGUCUCAUGGAGACCACAUUCUGUCUCCUGCAUCGCCAUAUAAACGCAACUCCAACUCCUUCCAUUGAAGAUAUAAGAAGCAAAUGGCUUUACCUCUUCAAUCAGAGGUGUAUCUAUGCUCAUUUUGAGCUUCUCACAGACCUUAAUGUGCUACGUCUCCUGGAGCUUGCCAUGGAUGAAUGUGGCAGAGCGAUCAUCGAAUACUUCCGGAGCAAAUCUACCAACAAAGAAGUCCAGACUGUCCUCUCCCAAGGUGAGAACGAUGAGGUGGCACUCUAUGUUGUCCAGCUGCUGAUGGCCCACUUCACAGAGACCACAAAUGGGCUCAUUGUUUUUGCAGAUUUGUCCGCCACAGUGGCUGACGUUGAGAAGACCCUCACCCUACCCCCGACUCCUCGUCUCAUACUGCUCAGUGGAACAGAGCGUGUGACUGCUGGACGCUGGAUGAUCAGCCUUGAGGGUCGUGUCCUGUUUGAGGGCAUCCAGCCAACAUUUGUGACAGGGCUUGCUGCUUUGUUUUCAGUGUACUACAUCUUUAACCUAUAAUACCAAGAGGAGGCUGCGUGUACACUUGAAUUCAUUCAAAGGCGCUUCACUGGGAUCAACCCAGAGAGAGGAACCAAGGCCAUUCAGGGCAAGAUCGUCUCCAAGAGGACAGGGAGAGUUGUUCAGAAGAAGUCUGUCACAGUCAAUCCCUGUGUGUCCACUCUUCUGAAGAACCUCAUGGACUUUGAGUGGAAUUUCAUAUAGGUCAGUGAAGGUUCUCUACCCAGACACUAAGUGUGCUAUAUUCCACUUCAAAAACCCAGGUAUUUAUGCCGUAGAACACGGCAAAAAAGUACUCAUUAUCUUCACAAGAAGGGAUCCUGUUCACUUGUCCCAGGACAGUAGUGCUAUUCUAUAUGUUCAUUUUUGUCUUUUAAGGUUAUUGUGAAUAAAACAGUCAGCAGAACCUUGGAUGAACCUUGAUCUAUUCUGAGCAGACUCAUAGCCAUCUUUUUAUGUUUUAAGAUACCUGUUUAAGUUCAUUUAAAAAGCACUUUGAAACGCUGAGUUAAACUAAAACCCUGCAAUUUCAUUGCAUGGGAAAACCAAGAAGUGGAAUAAAGAGGUGCAAUAGGGCUGGGCAAUAUCAAUAGAAGUAUUUGUUAAUGAAUAUUGUGAUGUUUGAUUUACUCCAUAUUAUUCUGCCCUAGUUUGAGGGAAUGAUGUAUUUUGCCAAUGUGUUGUAAAAUGAAUCAUACUAUAGUGAUUUCUCUAUUUGGGACACUCUAAUUUUGUGUAAAGGACCACAAGUCUGACUGGCUGGAUUUUGCACUUAAAUGCAUUUAAAUAAUUCCCCCCCAAAAAAAGAUAAAAACUUUUUUCAUAUAUUUCAGUUUGUUUAUGUUUCAGUUCCACCGAGAAAUUAUGCAUUUUGUGUCCAAAAGACCAGUGAUACUCACAGUGGUAAGAUGCAUCAUUCCCCCAAGUUUAUUAAGAAGUGUAUUAGUGUUAUCAUAUUUGAUAAACAUGGACUACCUUGUUCUGUUAGGCAUACUUGAAAUGUCCACUGCAUAGAGGGUCUGUAAAUAUUUCAGUUGGUGAUGCCUUUUGUAAUA